CCCCCCUGCAGCUAUUCCAUCGCCUCAAAAACUGCCAAACCAAGAGAAUUAAUUACGAAGUGAGAUUUUCAAGUUUCGUUCUCCUCUCUCUAUACAUGUCCAAUGGGAAUCUAUGUCCUAAUUGAAUCUCAAACAUGUUCAUGGCCUCAAUAGAUCUCUCUGAAGAGUUGAAAUUUCAAGAACUUCAAAUUCAUGGCUUUCCUUGAGAUCCAAGAUCAGCUCAAAAGGUUUAAAUCUCAGUGGAACUGGCGGUUUGGGUUUUUGUGGUUUUCGACAUGACCAUGUUUUCUGCGGAAAAUACCUACAAACACUUGUUUUGUGGUGGCUUUUCGGAGGGUUUUGGUGUUAUGAGUAGUCAAGUACAAGGUUAUGAUUCUUGUACUGAAGCUUGUUUAGGAUCUGAUCGAUUAGUUGGUCCAGUAAUGGCAGAAGACCAAUCGAGAACUGGGAGUAUUAACGAAACAGGAUCGAGUUCAAAAGAUGUUCAACAAGAGAAAGAUGAAGGGUGGCUUCAAUUGAGUAUUGGUGGUUACACAGGCCGUGAAAACAAGAAAGAUCAGGCAGAUCAAAGCUCUCGAUUAGAUGGCCAUCGUCCGGUCGAGCUCGAGCUUCUUCCAAGUAGUAGUGGUAGUACUUCACAAAUUAGGCCAUUAGCAGCUCCUAUGCUUAAUGUAUCAGAAUUUGCAAGUCCUCGGCCUGUAACGAAUUUCUCAACAUCCACUGAUCAUGGAACCUUACUUUUCUUGCAACACCCGGGAAAUAGUUCAACUUUCCCUUAUCAUCAAGAGAUUAACUGGGGACAUAGGCCGAUCCCUAUUAACAUAACAUCUCCUUCAACUUCUUUAAUGGCACCGGGUUCUUAUUUUCCCCGGCCAUUUCAAGUCUAUCCCGGAGUAGAUAUCCCCGGGCCGAAUCCAGAUUUCAGAGUGGUUCAGCCACCUCGGAGACCACAUUCCGGUAUAUGGUUUAUACUACAAGCAUCACAAAAUCAAGCAAAAGAACCAUAUUUGCCUCAGAUAUCCAAGAGCUACUUGAGAAUCAAAGACGGAAGGAUGACAAUUCGAUUGGUCAAAAGAUAUCUGGUUAAGAAGCUUAAGCUGGAAAACGAAUCAGAGAUAGAAAUAAGAUGUAAAGGGCAAGAGCUUCAACCUUUCUUGACGUUGCAGCAUGUGAGGGAUAACUUAUGGAGUCAAAGGGAUUUUGUGACUUUGCUUCCCCAUUCCUCCACAGCUACUGACCACAUCAUGGUUCUAUUCUAUGGCAGAAGUUCUAAUUAAUUAACUUUUUCAUAUUUUUUCAAUUAUUGUUAAAUUAUCACAAUUCGAUUUUUUUUUUAAUUUUAAUUUAUUUCUCGGUUGCAUGC